AUGAAAGAUUUUCGAGUGUUGCUAUACUUACUCAUCUCGUGGGUUAUUGCAUUCCUUAUAAAUGAGAAAUAUGUUCCCUACAGAACAAUCCGAAAAUGCAAAUGGCCCAAGCUCAACCAAGGUGAUAAUGUCAUGAAACAACAAACCAAUAUUUUACUCAUUGCCGAUCCACAAUUGAUUGAUAAUCAUACUUAUCCUGGUCGUAACCCAUAUUUACUUAGUCUAUCGCAACAUACAGUUGAUCAACAUUUGAAACGUAACUAUGCACAGUUGACUAAGCUAAACCCCAAUUCAACAAUUUUUUUGGGUGAUUUAUUAGAUAAUGGACGGGCUUCAACUGAUGAAUAUUUUGCUCAAGAACUAGCUCGAUUCAGAUCGAUUUACCCCAAAACCCCAAAAAUGUAUACUAAUCUUCCCGGGAACCAUGAUAUUGGGUUUGGUGAUUUGAUUAGGACCGAUAUACGCGAUCGAUUUGGCGAAACUUUUGGUAACCCAAAUUUACAAACUAGUAUUAAUGGAGUCGAAUUUAUCUUGGUUGAUACUACUAGUUUAUCAUCAACUAAGGACCUGAUUAAUCAAGCUGCAAGGGGGUUUGUGAACGGAUUACCCAAAAAGGGUAUGCCAAGGAUCUUGUUAUCGCAUGUACCUCUUUUUCGUGAUCCAAAUACAAAUUGUGGACCGUUGCGAGAAAAACCUAAAUUUGAAUCUUUAGGAAGAGGAUAUCAGUAUCAGAACUCACUUACUAAGGAGAUAUCUAAUCAACUACUUGAGAAGAUUGAACCGGAUUUGAUAUUUUCGGGUGAUGAUCAUGAUUAUUGUGAUAUUGUCCAUCCUCAAGGAACGAGAGAGAUUACCGUAAAGUCGGUUUCAAUGGCGAUGGGGAUAUAUUACCCUGCAGUUCAGUUACUCAGUUACAGUAAGCUGCCUGAAGGAUUGAAGUAUCAAACCAAGAUUUGCUACAUGCAAACACCCUAUAUAAACGUUGUGGUGUAUAUCGUCUUGGCGAUAAUAUCAAUCGUGGUCAUACUUCAACAAAAUUUACGAUUGAAAACAGGAAACUCUAGUUGGACAAUAUUACCCUUGAGCAGACUGAAACGAGAAGAAAAGAGUAAGAUGGGCACUGGUGGAUGGAGAAAACAGAUGUUUUUGGAUGUGGUUAAAGAGGGUUUAGCUAUGGCAGUGGUGGUAAUAUUAGUUUAUAAAUAUUUUAUUGCAAUAUAG